ACAGCUGUUGUUGAAAAAGAAAACAUCGAAAAUGCCAGCCCCAAAGAGAGGAUCAUCUCCUCAUGAUUCUCAGCCCAAGAUGAGGAAGUUGGAUGAGGAUGAGGAGGCUCUGCAAUCCAAAUCUGCACCAGCUACAAAUAAUAAGUCCCUUAUAACAGGAAAUACGCGAGAAAAGACAGCAGACCCACGGACUAAGAAAAAACUGUCUGCUUCACCGGAAGGGGGGAAUAAACCAGCCAAGUCAUCCAAACAGAGUUCCCCUCCAAAGGAUUCCAGCAAAACCAUUUCUGACCCACCUGUCAAAAAAUUCAAGCUCCUAAAAGCCACAAGUGCCUCCUGCGGAGAAGCUCCCUCGCAGAUAGCUAUCUCCAAAGCUUCCCUGAAGCGAACAACCUCCACAGAGUCUGAGGAUGAAUUAAGUAGUGACAGUAGUAAGACUGACUUCUUCAGAGAGAGGGACGAUGGCGACAAGGCCCGCUGCAUCAGAAAAUAUUCGAAUCGAGUCAAAGCUAAGCGCAAGGCUGAAGAGUCAACAUCUGACCCACAGGAGACAAGCCAAGGGUCACCUUCUACACCUGAAGACCCUGUUCAGAUGGACCACAAUUAUGGUAGAUUUUCAGAUUCAAGUAUGGGAGAGCCUAAUCAGGAUGAGAAAAAAGAAUCUGACCAGUCUGUCCCUGAACUAGAGAGACAAGUAAUGCCAGUAAAUGAGACACAAGCGGAGUCAAAGGAAACUUUAGUCUCUAUAAGAGCGAGUGCAAAAGAUAGCAUUGAAUUUGAGUGCCAGGCUGCUGAAAGUAAACAUGAGGAAUUAAAAAAUGUAGAGAGCCAACACUUCUUAGAUAAUGAAGCACUCAUGGCAUCAUGUAGACAAAUCUUAGCUUCUGUCACUGCAGCAGCUGCAGGGUUGCCCUGUAUCACAUCUGAGGCAGGGAAAAAUGAAAAGGACGAUGUCGCCGUCAAAAGCCAAAAGGAUGUAGAUCAUGAAACACUCGCAGCGUCAGACAAAACAUUAUGUUCUAGCACUGGAGAGGCAAAUCCAUGCUGUGAUGGGGAAGUACAGGUAGAUGAAAGGACAUACUCGUCUCAUAGAAGUCAGACAGAUGUUAGGAGUGACACUGAAACAAAGGAGACCACAGAGUGUGUUUCUAAGGUAAUGCAUAUGGAUCUAAAAUGUAAAAGUCAGGAUGAAGUGCAGGGAGCGAUUGAAGCAGCCAGUGUCUCUGCAGACCAUAGAAACUCUGCUCCAGAAGAGAUCCUGGUAGGAGGUAGUAAUCCAGAGAGUCAGACUGAGGAAAAUCUAACAGAGUGUGUUGGCAAUCCAGAGACUCAAACAGACCUCAGUGUCAAAAUUCAAGUUACUUUCAAAGAGGAAUCAAAAUUGGAAGAUCGAGUGAGCCAUGAAGUGCCAGAUACAAUUACCAACUCAUGUGACGGUGUGGACAAACUAGUCAGAAAGUCUGAAGGAAAAGCUUGAGGAAAGUGAAAGGAAAGGAGUGGAGUUCCUUUC